AAGCACCGAUAAAAAUGCCAAGUGCGUCGUUCACAUCGUCGCGCAAUUACGUGCGAAGAUCCCGAAGAAAAGGUGCAAACAGGAUUCCGCUGCCUUCGAGAACCACCUCGGCCGAGCCAUGCGAUUUGCCAUGUUCAGCAUCAAAUCAGAUACCACCUGGUGGUGGAGUUGGCGGAGGAGGAGGAGGAGGAGGUGGAGGUGGGGGUGGAAGCGGUGGAAGAGGAUCCUCACCUAGUGUUUCUGGUGUUGCAGCACCGUCACCUUCCCCGUCGCAUUCACAUUCAUCUCCAUACGAUUUAAGACGUAAAAGUCCACCUCAUCCAGAUCCUGCGCCUGGUACCAGUUCUGCUCUACCUCCUUCGGGGGGUAGUAGUAUAGGAGCCACUCUUGGUUCUUCCUCUUUACCAGCAAGAAAACGGCCCAGACGGACGUGUUCAUUAUCCACAGAUGGUACAAAUACAAAUACUGCAGCACAUUACCUUCAGUAUGAGUUACCAGACGAAGUGCUGCUUACUAUAUUUAAUUAUCUAAUGGAACAGGAUCUUUGUAGAGUUUCACAGGUUUGCAAACGUUUUCAAACAAUUGCAAACGACACUGAACUGUGGAAGUCUUUGUAUCAGCAAGUUUACGAAUACGACUUACCACUAUUCAAUCCUGCACCUUGUAAAUUUGAAUUCGUAUCCCCGGAUGAAUCAGACUAUCCAAAUCCAUGGAAAGAAAGCUUUAGACAAUUAUAUAGGGGCGUACACGUUAGGCCAGGAUUUCAGGAUUUGAAGUUCAAAGGUCGUAAUUUGCCAUACUUUAAUACAGUUCAGGGAGCACUAGAUUACGUAGAUGAAUAUAGAAGCAAUAGCGGUUCCUCGUCAAAUAAUAGCACAACUACAAGCGGUCAAGGAAAUUGUUGUGGAAACAAUUCUCAUACAGCUGAAGAAGCACCUCAACAUUUAGUUUUCUUACACGCUGGAAUUUAUAGAGGCGAAUUUCUCGUAAUUGAUAGCGACGUUGCAUUAAUCGGAGCAGCACCCGGAAACGUGGCAGAAUCUGUUAUAUUGGAACGAGAAAGCGAAUCUACAGUUAUGUUUGUAGAAGGAGCGAAACGAGCUUAUGCCGGCCAUCUUACAUUAAAAUUUACCCCAGACGUUACCAGUACAGUACCGCAUCAUAAACAUUAUUGUUUAGAAGUUGGCGAAAACUGUAGUCCCACUGUCGAUCAUUGUAUUAUUAGGAGUUCAAGUGUCGUUGGAGCAGCUGUUUGCGUGUCGGGCGUUGGAGCGAAUCCUGUGGUAAAGAACUGUGACAUAUCGGAUUGCGAAAACGUUGGCCUUUAUGUCACCGAUUAUGCACAAGGAACCUACGAGGAUAAUGAAAUCUCUAGAAACGCGUUAGCUGGGAUUUGGGUAAAAAAUUAUGCAAAUCCGAUAAUGCGAAGGAAUCAUAUUCAUCACGGAAGAGAUGUUGGAAUCUUCACGUUUGACAAUGGUCUUGGCUACUUUGAGGCUAAUGAUAUUCAUAAUAAUCGAAUAGCAGGUUUCGAAGUAAAAGCUGGUGCUAAUCCAACGGUUGUACAUUGUGAAAUACACCACGGUCAGACCGGUGGUAUUUAUGUACAUGAAAACGGUUUAGGGCAAUUUAUCGACAACAAAAUUCAUUCGAAUAAUUUUGCUGGCGUUUGGAUUACUUCGAAUUCAAAUCCAACUAUUCGUAGAAACGAAAUUUACAAUGGUCAUCAAGGCGGAGUAUAUAUAUUCGGAGAAGGAAGAGGCUUAAUCGAACAUAAUAACAUUUAUGGUAAUGCCUUGGCCGGCAUACAAAUAAGAACAAAUUCAGACCCUAUUGUUAGACACAAUAAAAUACAUCAUGGUCAACAUGGUGGUAUUUACGUACACGAGAAGGGGCAAGGAUUAAUUGAAGAGAACGAAGUAUAUGCCAAUACGUUAGCAGGUGUUUGGAUAACAACCGGAUCGACGCCGGUACUAAGAAGAAAUCGUAUUCAUAGUGGAAAACAAGUCGGAGUUUAUUUUUAUGAUAAUGGACAUGGAAAACUAGAAGACAAUGAUAUUUUCAAUCAUUUGUAUUCAGGAGUACAAAUAAGAACUGGAAGCAAUCCGGUAAUACGUGGGAAUAAAAUCUGGGGUGGACAAAAUGGUGGUGUACUUGUGUAUAAUAGUGGACUAGGUUUACUUGAACAAAAUGAAAUUUUUGAUAAUGCAAUGGCAGGAGUUUGGAUUAAAACGGAUAGUAAUCCAACGUUAAAAAGAAACAAGAUAUUCGAUGGGCGGGACGGUGGGAUUUGUAUAUUUAAUGGUGGCAAAGGUGUUCUCGAAGAAAACGAUAUAUUUCGUAACGCGCAAGCAGGCGUGCUUAUAUCCACACAGUCUCAUCCUGUAUUAAGGAGGAAUCGAAUUUUCGAUGGAUUAGCAGCUGGUGUUGAAAUAACAAACAAUGCAACGGCUACGUUGGAAUUUAAUCAAAUUUUCAAUAAUAGAUUCGGUGGAUUGUGUUUAGCGAGCGGAGUUCAACCAACAACUAGAGGCAAUAAAAUAUUUAAUAAUCAAGAUGCAGUUGAAAAAGCUGUUGGAAAUGGCCAAUGUUUGUACAAAAUAUCGUCGUACACCUCUUUCCCUAUGCACGAUUUCUAUCGUUGUCAAACAUGUAAUACGACAGAUCGCAAUGCAAUUUGUGUUAAUUGCAUAAAAACCUGUCAUGCUGGACACGAUGUAGAAUUCAUUAGACACGAUCGAUUCUUCUGUGACUGUGGUGCUGGAACAUUAAGUAAUCAGUGUCAACUUCAAGGUGAACCUACACAAGAUACAGACACAUUGUAUGAUAGUGCAGCACCAAUGGAGUCACAUACACUUAUGGUCAACUAGGAACUAACCUAAACUAAAUAAAACAAUCAAAUGACAUUGAAUCUUUCCGUUGCAUCGCUGCAGUAUCGUGAACAUAACUAGAAAAUGGAAAAGCGAUAGUUACAAAUUUAUCCAUAAAAAUUUUCUUCUCUAACAGAAAAUGAUAAUCGUAUGUGAUUUUUCUCUUCGAAUCUCGGCGCAUCGGUGAAAAAUAUGUAGGCAAGGGAAUCAAGGUGUAUCGUGCCUGCAAAAAGGUAUACGACGGAUAUGCUUGUUCUCGGAUGGAAAAAACUUUACGAUUAAGACUAUUUAUUAGAACUGUAAAUACCAUAUAAACAGCCAGAAAUGAUAGAAAGAUUUUUUGAAAAUAGUUCCCUCGUUUCGUAACACGAAGACAGGUUUACAUACCAUGGCCUUAAAAGAAAAAAAAUAAACGUACACCUAAAUGCUUUUAAGUAUAAAUACAUACAUGCGGUAUCUAACAGAUAUGCUGUUACAGUUAUAUGUGUAAUAGAUAUGGGAAUUUUUGAUGGAGCUCAAAAUAAUUGAUACAUUCGGGAAAUUCUGGAUUCAUUGAAACCGAUGGAAGAUUAACCCUUUCGCUGUGAUGUAAAUGAAUGAUUGAAAAAUAAAGAUGAAAACAGAAAAUAGAAGCAUUAGGUUACAAAAAUGAUCCCGAGUAUUCUUAGCAGUCGGUAUUGUAGUGCGUCGGACUAAUCACGGACUAUUUCUACUGUGUCUGACUAAUCAUAGGUAUUACUACUGUGCCAGUCACAUGUCGCUCAAUAAUUAUGAUUUCUCAAUAAUAAAUUAACUUCUCUGUUCCAACUUUUACAGACUUAUAAAGUAGAUCCUCCUUUAUUAUCUGUACUAGAAUUAUGUUAAAAUAUGUAAUAAUUUUUCUUUUAUUAUUUAAGGAAGUUGAAAGUUCCAUAGUAAGUUGUAAGUAAAUUUCUUGGCCCAUUAAUUAUAAAUUCUAAAUAUAACUCCACCAAAUAAAAAUAUUUCCUCGAUUCUUGAUUUUUCAUGAUAUAUGUAUACAUUACACAUAGCGAAAGGGUUGAAGUAGUAAAAUUAGGAACUGGAUUUAGUUACGAAUUUCGCGGGUGUGAAAGCACAGCCUUACAUUGUAUUUUCGUACAUUACAAGAAGAUACAUGGAAAUAAUUGUCGUUUUUGUAUAUCAAGGUCUACUUUAACCACUGAACGAUCCAAAGCAUUUAGUGCUUCCGAACCGAUAAUGAACUUGUAUUCCUUGAUUCAAAAGAGAUCACGUUCCACUGUGUGUUUACUUAUAAUAGUGUCUUAAGUAUGAGGAAUAAUUAUGCGAUCGACUCGUGAUUCAUAAUUAAAGAAAAGAAGUAAUGACUCGAAGAAAAAUGCUACGGAAUGCGAAGGAAGAGAACAUCUAUUUUUCACGAGACGUCGUGAAAAUGUACAAUAAGCUUAAAGAAAAAAUUGUAAAUAUAUCUCACUUAGAUACUGUUUGAGCGUGAUUAAACGCGAAUAAUUCAAGGAACUGUACUCCUUUUUUUCUAAGUAACAACGUUUCAACACAGAUUCGUGUGUUUAAUUAAACUCGAUUUUCAACGCUUUAGAUUAUAAAUAUAUAUAUAAUAUAUGUAUGUAAUAAGGGAUAUAAAGGAAGCGAGAAACGGUGAAAAAGUAAAUUCGAAGGCGACGAUUAACGAGAAUAAAGACAAGAUAAAACAAAAAAAAAAAAGAUCUACGAAUCACUCGAUCGAGAGACUUUUUUCUAUGAAUAAAUCGAACUAAUUUUUUUCACAUAAUUCGCGUUAUAAACUAGGUGUAAGAUGUCUUUAAGAUAUAAUACGGAUAUUGAGACACCACACGAAACAGAAGCAAUUCAAUCUUUCACGAUUAAUGAGAUCAGCUUCUAAUAAGGGAAAUAAGAUGAACUCCGCGUAGUGCCAAUGCAUUCUGAGCGGAAUAUAUUGUAACACGAUUAAGUAUUACACGUUCGAUUAUUCUUUACGUUUUAUUUUUACGAAAUAGAAAAGAUAAUUAAAAAAAAAAAAAAUUAAUACGAGAGAAAGAAAGAUCGGUGCUAAUACAUGUUAUAUUCAUUCAUUCGCGGAACACACAGGGAUGUUUUAAAAGGGGAACAUUGUGUCGAAGUGUUUUUCUGGGAUUUUCGUGAAAAUUUGAAGGGUUAUUGAAUAUUUAAUGUUCUAAUUUUCUAUUCUAAGCUUCUACUUUAAAAUUAUAAAUAUUUUAAUUUCCCAAUAACCUAAAUUUCUAAUUUUAAAUAUUUCACCUUUACAAAUAUACUCCAUAAUCUCUGAAAUAGAAUUUUUCUUGAAAUUCAAGAAAAACAAUUCGCCUAGUUUCCUUGUAAAUUGUAGGAAAACGUCUACACAGGAAUUGAAAAUGAAUCUUAUUUCAUUUAAGUUUUCCCGGUGCACAAAAGGAGAAUGUUAUGAUUUAACAUAAAGAAAAGAAUACAAAAUAAAUCAAUGGCCUAUAGGUGUAUAGGAAGAACUUUUUUUUUAUUAGGGCGAAACUGACAGACUGUGUAUAGAGUGUAGACGUAAAUUUAGUCGAAGAAAAACAAACAGUGCAGUUGUGAAUGCAAAUGCGACGAGCAAAGAUACGAAACGACAAGUGAAGACUAUGAUACAGCGUUCAUUGCACGAUCAUUUUUUUAAGAUAUAAACUCGCACCUGCACUCGAUUUUCUUCAUUCUUUUCUUCUGCGUUUAUAUGAUUAAGGUAACGGGCUCAGUGGUUCGAUGAUUAUGACUGAUUGAUCAAGAGCGUUUAUAAUUAAAAGAACUGUUCAAACAUGUACAUGUUUCACCACUGGACCCGAUACCUUUUAUUAAUGUUCGCGCGUCGACAACUGUAUUAUUAACAUGUAUAAUAGAACCUUAGUUAGUAAGCCGAUAUACAGAUAUUAAUUCGUUUUAUCCAAGGCGAUGCAGCCAAGUUUAUUUUUACUAAAACCCUGGGUAAUAUCAGCGAAUAAGAUCAUCCUCGAAUGCAAAGUCUUCAGCAGACUUUUACUGAUAAUUAUUAGAUCGUUCCAUAAGUUUUUAUUUAUAAUAUAUUUGGCAAAUUUUCAAAACUCAUACAACAUAGAACGGUCAAUUUUCAAAUUUAUCUAAUUAAAAAGAAAUAUAUUUUUACAGUAUUUAUUUGCAAUCUAUUAUACAGGUUUUAUUUUCUUUAUUUAUAAAAUAGAAUAUGAUGAACUUUUGGAACGACCUAAUAUUUAUCUCUGAACUCUUCAACAAUUCCUGAUACCAAUUAUCUCUAUCUUCUUCUAUGUUGCAAAAGUGUUCAUAAACAAUAUUUUUGUUAAUUCUACCAAGAUCGUAGACGCUGGGAAAAGGGAAAUGUAAAAUGCUUCCUCGAGGAUUUCCAUUCAGAAACCGUGUGUCUGAUCCAACACUGUAUCGUUCUACUGGCUCAACGCGACACCUAAUCGCAAAGAUAAAAGAAAAGAGAGAAAAAAAAGUAAAUUGACUGUAUCACCUUGCCCACGCCUGUAUUAUAAUGAAACGCACGAAUUACCAUGUGUCAUAUAAAUAUAAAUAUAUAAGAAAUAUAUAAAUAUUAUAUAUAUAUACAAAAAUCUAUAUAUAUAUAUAUAAAUAAAUAACAAUAAUGAUAAUAAUUAAGUACCUUACACAAUGUAAGCAGUAUCCAAGAAAUCCGAACUAGUUGCACCAAGUGCCAUAGUCCAUAGGUCACAGUACGUUUAAACAUAGAAAAGCGGUUGCUAAGGGGAUGAAAGGAAAUGGAGGAAAAAAAAACAUGAUGAAAAAAGCAGGUCGAACACUUGGUUGAACCAGUGCUAAAUCGUGUUCUCAUUGCUUAUUGUUAAGGCAAACGAACGCGAAUACGAAGUGGCAUGCGGUGAUCAACUAAAAAAAAAAAAAAAAAAAAAAACAGAAAGAAAAUAGAAAACACUUGAGGAAAGUAAUGAAAGCAGUUUGUAGUCCGUGUGACCCGAGAUUUUCUCCAAUGGACCGAUCUCGCCCAUCUUGGAGAACGCGUAGAACUUAAAACAGACACCAAUAUGACAAUAUACUAAGAAAAAAGAAAAUUAAUUUCCGAUCCUAUUACUUCGGUUACGAGCCCCCCGUCCUCAACCCUCCGCCGACAAAUGAACCUCCACAAUUUUUCAACUCAUCCAACUUCUCCAUGUUUAUUUUUCGACACGUUAGUACAUGCGAUUAGAACGUGGAUCCAGGUUUGUGGAAAAAAUAAAAGAAAAUUCGUGCGUUCCAAAGGCGAGUGAGAGGGAGAGAGAGAAAGUGAUGAGCGCGAGAGAGGGAGAGAAAGGGGAGAGAACAACGUUGUAAAACAUACAUGGCCAGGAUGAAUCGAGACAGUGCGUGACCUUUGCGAGACAUUAUCAAUUAUCUUAAACCGAAGAAAAAGAAAAUUACAAAAAAAAUAAAUAAAUAAUAAUAAUACUGUAGUAACGUCGCAAUUGUAUGUUGUAAACAUUACUAUUUCAAAUAUAAUGUCAUUAUUAACA